UACCUUUGUCAAUUUCUUGUGCGCUCCCGGUUGAAAGCGCCUGCUUGCUUGUUGUUUCCCCGGGCAAACAGGAGGAGGAAGAAGUUGGAGGUUUGGGAAUAACACCGAGGAAAAGCUUCACUUUCUUCCGUGACCAAAAAGGACGACAAGUGAACAUUGAAUGGAAAGAGAGUAGUGGGUUUGAAUCCAGGAGGUGAUAUCUUCAUCCCAUCACCUUGUGCGCACAACGCGGUGCGUCUCCUCCAGCCAGCCAGCGUGCUUCCACCGCUGCACUGGAUCGUGUUGGGAGCAAACAAGGGAACAUAAAGAUACCCAGAGAUGGUUUACUACCAGCAUUUACCUUCAGAGACACUACUACUGCUGCUGCUGCUGCUGCUGUGAACUUUUCUCUCCUAAAACUCCAACUGGGAUUACAAAAAAAGUUAUUCUUAUUAUUCUUAUUCUUAUUCCCAGCACACAAGGAUUAAUUAUGCCGGACCAAAUCACAGUUUCAGAGUUUGUGGCAGAGACAAAUGAAGAUUAUAAAUCACCCACUGCCUCUAACUUCACCACCAGGAUGUCCCACUGCAGGAAUACAGUGACUGCUCUGGAGGAGGCUCUGGAUGUGGAUCGCAGUGUUCUGUACAAGAUGAAGAAGUCUGUGAAGGCCAUCUACACAUCUGGUCUGGCCCAUGUAGAGAACGAAGAGCAGUACACUCAGGCCCUGGAGAAGUUUGGAGAAAACUGCGUGUACAGAGAUGAUCCUGAUCUGGGUUCAGCUUUCCUGAAGUUCUCCGUCUUCACCAAGGAGCUCACCGCGCUCUUCAAAAACCUGUUCCAAAACAUGAACAACAUCAUCACCUUUCCUCUGGACAGCCUGCUGAAAGGAGACCUGAAGGGAGUCAAAGGGGAUCUGAAAAAGCCUUUUGACAAAGCCUGGAAGGACUACGAAACAAAAGUCACCAAGAUAGAGAAGGAGAAGAAGGAGCACGCGAGGCAGCACGGGAUGAUCAGGACGGAAAUCAGUGGGGCGGAAAUCGCUGAGGAGAUGGAGAAAGAGAGGAGGUUUUUCCAGCUGCAGAUGUGCGAGUAUCUCCUCAAAGUCAAUGAGAUCAAAAUCAAGAAGGGGGUGGACCUGCUGCAGAACCUCAUCAAGUACUUCCACGCACAGUGCAAUUUCUUUCAGGACGGUCUGAAAGCUGUGGACAACCUGAAACCUUCCAUAGAAAAACUGGCCACAGAUCUGCACACGAUAAAGCAGGUGCAGGACGAGGAGAGGAAACAGCUGACUCAGUUACGAGACGUUCUCAAGACGGCGCUGCAGGUGGAGCAGAAAGAGGAGUCACAGGUGCGGCAGAGCACCACCUACAGCCUGCACCAGCCACAGGGUAACAAGGAGCACGGCACGGAGCGCAGCGGGUAUCUUUACAAGAAGAGUGACGGGUUGAGGAAAGUGUGGCAGAAGAGAAAAUGCACGGCGAAGAACGGAUACCUCACCAUCUCACACGGCACCGCGAACCGGCCGCCGGCUAAACUCAACCUGCUCACCUGCCAGGUGAAACACAACCCUGAAGAGAAGAGAAGCUUCGACCUCAUAUCCCACGACAGAACGUAUCACUUUCAAGCCGAGGACGACCAGGACUGUUCGAUCUGGAUCUCGGUGCUACAGAACAGUAAGGAGGAGGCGUUGAAUCAGGCCUUCAAAGGGGACCAGCAUGUCGGCGAGAACAACAUCGUGCAGGAGCUGACCAAGGCGAUCCUGAUAGAGGUCAAGAGGAUGACGGGAAAUGACGUGUGCUGUGACUGCGGAGCGCCCAACCCGACGUGGCUGUCCACCAACCUCGGCAUCCUCACCUGCAUUGAAUGCUCGGGGAUCCACAGGGAGCUUGGAGUCCACUACUCCAGGAUCCAGUCCCUCACUCUGGACGUACUCAGCACCUCAGAGCUCUUGCUGGCCAAGAAUGUGGGGAAUGCAGGAUUUAAUGAAAUCAUGGAGGCUUGUUUAAGUGCUGAAAAUGUGGUGAAACCCAACCCAGCCAGUGACAUGCAGGCGAGGAAAGACUUCAUCACAGCCAAGUACACAGAGAAACGUUUCGCCAGGAAGAAGUGUCCUGACGCGACGUCGCGGCUCCACACGUUGUGUGACGCGGUGAAGGCCCGGGACAUCUUCUCCCUCAUCCAGGUCUACGCCGAGGGAGUCGACCUCAUGGAGCCCAUACCGCUGGCCAACGGACAUGAACAAGGGGAGACGGCGCUUCAUCUCGCAGUCAGACUCGUGGAUAGGACGUCUCUUCACAUCGUCGACUUCCUCACUCAGAACAGUUUGAAUUUGGAUAAGCAGACGGCCAAAGGCAGCACAGCGCUGCACUACUGCUGCCUGACCGACAACAGCGAGUGUCUGAAACUGCUGCUGCGGGGGAAGGCCUCCAUAGAGAUCGGUAAGGAAGCUAAUGAGGCCGGGGAGACGCCGCUGGAUAUUGCCCGGAGGCUUAAACACCUACAGUGUGAAGAGCUGUUGAACCAAGCGCUGGCAGGGAAAUUCAACGCCCACGUCCACGUUGAAUAUGAAUGGUGCCUGCAGCAUGAAGACAUGGAUGAAAGUGACGAAGAUCUGGAUGAGAAGCCCAGCCCUCAUCGCAGAGACGAGCGUCCCGUCAGCUGUUACACCCCGAGCAGUAACUCCCACCUCCAGUCCGGUCCGGGCUCCGCGGGCCGCGACGGCAAGGACAAGCAGCGUGGCUACAUGCCCAGCAUGGUCAACAACGAGACCUAUGGCACCAUCCUCAACACCAACACAGCUCAGUCUGGCACCUCUCCUGCUCCGCCCCUGCCUCCGAGGAACCUGGUCCAGUUAUCCGGCCUGGGGGGGAUCGGUCAGUCUUCAGCGUCCAGCAGCUGGAAGCCCGGUUCUUUAGACCUGGUUGGCCGACAGAGGUCAUCCUCAGACCCCCCCAACAUGCACCCUCCUGUCCCCCCCAUGAGACUCACUUCAACCGGAGGUCUGGGUCCUCCUGUGGCCAAGAUGGAGGCAAUGAACAUCCAGUCCAAGUCGAGCCAGGGACCACCGGGGUCCAGGGCGGUGCCGCCUAAAUCUCCUGCAGGCAAUGAUAAAAGCUUCAACAGACCUCUAAAUCGAACGGUAUCUAUGGAAAGACCAGCUAAGGAAGUGCCCCAGAACUCCAUAGGUCAGUCUCUGCCUCCAGCCCCCACGCCGAGGAAGGCCUAUCCAAAGCAGAGGCCGAAGCGAGUGAAAGCCAUCUACAACUGUGUAGCCGACAACCCAGACGAGCUGACCUUCUCUGAGGGCGAGGUGAUAGUGGUGGAUGGAGAGGAGGACCAGGAGUGGUGGCUGGGCCACAUCGAAGGCGAUCCGAUGAGAAGAGGAGCCUUCCCGGUUACAUUUGUGCACUUCAUCGCUGACUGAAAGGGUUCCAUCUCCGGGUCUCAGGAAGUGUGGCGGGAUGCAGCGUCCCUCCUUCACCCCAGUCUCUGUCCAGCCAGCAAAACAUCCACCAUCGUCCCAGUGUUUGUUGUCGACAUCAUCAUCAUCAUCACUGCUGUGUCAUCACCUCGGGUGCAGCUUGGUAUGGGUGUAUCGUCAACCACAGCAGAAAGUCUGGCUGUCACUCUUCAUGGGACUGUAUGAUGUGCUUGCUGUUAAUGUUUCUGACAAAAGACUCUUUAAGAUUUAAAAAAAAAACAAUGAUUGUAGUGAAUGACCUCUCGCAAUAAAUGCACUUUGCUCGUCUUUAUCCUUGUUACAACAUACGACGCCAUGU